UCUGACAUCACCACUCCUCUACCCAAAGCAGCAGAAUUCCACCACCCCAUCUCCACCGCCAAUCAGAUCCAAACCCUAGUUGCGACCACCGUUCCCCUUGUUCCUCCUCUGCCGCCGCCGCCCAUCGAGCAUCCGCUUCUCUCCCGUCCGUCCAUCGCCACCACCCUCGUUGUCUUGAUGCCAUUCUUUUCCCCGAGCACGGCCUGCCCCUCUAUUCUUCCUCUUACGCUGAUGUCAUGUGCAACCCGUUCCAUGAUAGGUCCUCGAAGUCCAACGGCAACAGGGCCGUCUCCGACGAGGAGGUUGCAGAGGUCCUCCACUCAUCAGUCGACCGGGUCGCCUGUUGUUUCUCAACGCGGUCCCCAGAUGGGAGCUUCUUCCGAUUGUAGUGAAGUCUUGAAGGGAGUGGUGCUGGAGUAUAGUGAUAAUACACGAUUAUUGGUCAAUUUUGAUCUUUCAAGUAAUCAACUAGUUGGAGAAAUCCCUGUCGAGCUGACAAACCUCACUCACUGGCUUGAUGGGGAGAGGAAAGCUCUUCUGAGGUUUAAAACAAGCCUGUUGGAUGAGUCUAACAGGCUUUCCUUGUGGAAUUACACUGGAUACAAAUGUUUUGCUUGGCAAGGCGUAAAGUGUGAUAAAGCGACUGGGCACGUUAUCGAGCUUGAUCUCAGAAACCGAAGUCGA